GUAAACAUUGCGCAAGAGGGAUCGAAAAGGAAACUAAAACACGAAAUUAAGAUUAAAAAUAAUUUACAGAAUUCGAAGCAAUUUCUGUAUUCAUACAGAAAUCGCAGCUCCAGAAUAUAACAGAGCUACUGGUACAAACUCUUCCUAAAGGCGUGAAAGGCCAUUCGCAGACCAUGCUAGCAAUGGCACAAUGCAAUACUGAAGAUUUCUGGACAGCAACAGGGAAUGAAAAUACCCACAGAACAGAAUCUCCAAUGGAUAUGGAUGAUCCUUUCAACAGCGCUUUUCCACCCUAUGGCCAACAUCAGCAGCAGCAGCAUACGGUGUCCCAACCAGGGCAAACAAGCCAAGGUCAUGCUUCAGCCUUCUCACCACCCAUGCCCCAACCAGUGCAAACAAGCCAAGGUCAUGCUUCAGCCUUCUCACCACCCAUGCCCCAACCAGUGCAAACAAGCCGGUGCCAGGCUCCAGCCUCCACACCACCCAUGCCCCAACCAGGGCAAACAAGCCGAGGUCAGGCUGCAGCCUCCACACCACCCAUGCCUCAACCAGUGCAAACAAUCCGAGGCCAGGCUCCAGCCUCCGCACCAACCUUUCCCCAACUAGUGCAAACAAGCCAAAGCCAGGCUGCUGCCUCCACAUCCACAAUGUCCAAGCAGCCACAUUGGACCAUGAAAACAGCUGAACAUAAUGUACCUCGAACAAACAACAGUGAACAUGACGAACAAAUUGCUAGAUUAAUGCAGGAAGAGUUAAACCAAGAAAGACAGAGACAGGUAGAGCAAGAUCGCCUGCAUUUGGAGGAAAUGCUAAGAACUGAGAGGGAAGAGCAAGAUCGCCUGCAUUUGGAGGAAUUAAUACAAGCUGAAAGGGAAGAGCAAGAGCAGCAAGACAGAAUGUUUGCCCUUACAGUGCAAGAAUCAUUAACCCAGGGAGAAAUAGCGAAAAGGGGUGGCCAACAUGUUAGAAACAGAGGACGGAGAGGUGUUUUGCAUCAAAAUAGGGGUCACAGAUCUCAAGGAAUGACCAGAGGUCAAGGUGAAGAGAGGACAAAUCAGGAGACUAUUGACCAAGAGUUGGCCCUUUCUCUACAGAGGGAGGAGGAUGCAAGGGAUGGGGCCGGGAACAGAGGGGGUUGGGCUGGGCCUACUAUGGUUCCCCCAGUUGCUCCACAAUCUGCAGGUAUUCUGCAGGAUUAUCAUCAAAUGCAACAGGAAAGGAGAAGAACUCGCCAGGAAAUACAACAGGCAGUGGCCGCCCGCCAACAGCAGUUACAGCAUCAUCACCAAUCUCAGCUCCGAGACCUUAAUGAGGCACAGCUGGAGUUCCAGAACCACCAUAGGAGACUAUGGCAGAUGGGCAGAAGAGGGAACUUUGUCAGGGUUCCUGCAAUGUUUGACGUCCCUGGCUUGAAUAAUAUAGGAAAUAGUUAUGAGUCUCUGUUAGAACUGGGAGCGCGCCUGGGUAAUGUUAGUAGAGGCCUAACCAUAGAGGAGUGCUCCACACUUCCGACCGAGAGGUACACACAGAGAGACGGAGAUACCGCGGACUGCAGCGUGUGUAUGGAGGAAUACAAGACUGGAGAUACACAGAAAAGAUUGCCCUGUCUCCAUAUAUUCCAUGACUCCUGUAUUGACCCAUGGUUAAAAGACAACGCAACAUGUCCGGUGUGCAGAGAGGUCGUUAAAGUUUCCUGACUCCAGAUGAGCGGCGUGUUAAAUUAACAUAAUGUUUUCCUGAAAAAUCAAAGUGAUUGUGAUACAAAUAUAGUGAUAUACAGUGAACAUAAAUAGUUGUGCAACUUUUAUGUAGGGAUGGUACGGUUGUGGGCAGCGGCUAUGAUUACAAGCAAGUCAUAUUUAAUUCAGCUUCACAAUAUAUUCUUAGCAUAUAAUGUGUGUCUGUAUUUAAUAUAGUUAUAAUUAUUUCAUGCCUUUUCUUCAUGGUGUAAUAGUUAUAUUCAAAGACGGGACUCGUAUUAAUGGUUUGUGUAGUCUGUAAACCUUGAACAUUAUUAGUUAAGUUAUAUUCCUAUUAUAAGAACUUUUUUUCGUUUCAUUUUUGAGUCACCACAUGCAGUGAUUUAUUUUAAAUGUGCUUUAGGGCAUCCCACAAUAUUUUCACAAUAAUUAUUUAUAACCAUGGAUCUUGAGAGUUCAAAGCAUAGCUUUGUUGACAUUUUAUUCAAAAACAAUUUUGUCUGAUGCUAAUGUAUAGGAAUAAUAGAUCUUUUUGAAAAAAGACGGGUAUAUAACAUUGGAUUAGCAUAAAAAUGAAUCACUGCCUGUUCAUGUUUAUUGUAUUAAAUGUAUAUAAUAUUAUAUUAGCCAUUCAAAUUGUUUAGAGUCAUUUAAGAUAUUAAAAUGUACUGUUGUAUAAGUGAUAUGAUUCAUUUCUUCAACUGCAUUCGUCUAAUUGCUAAAAUGCAGCUGUUAUUUAUUACUUCCCAAUACUGGAGCCUUCUUUAAAGAAAUAACACAGAAUGGUUUUUAUUUCCACACAUGAUUUUUCCCAUAGAGCAAGAACAAGAGAGUCACGGAGCUAUCACCAACGCUCGUCUGGUUCUGUUGAAUAAGGGGCAUUAUAUGACUUUUUUAAGCACGGGCUAUGGGUCUUCAUAUACAUGUGCAUAUUGUUUCUGGCUACAAUAUGUACCAAGCUUCAUUCGAAUAUCAUUAAAAAAAAUUGAGUAAUGGCAAAAGUUAAAGUUUACAAUACGACAAAACCAAGACUGUCAAAGUACCCAGAUUUUUUAUCUGCGAAAAACAGAUGAGCUUAACUACCCGUUUUCAAAUUAGUUACUUCUUAACGACUUGUUGUUAUGUCUUUAAACUCAAUAUGCACAUUGAUCAUGGUCAGUAAAUGAGCCCAGCUGGUAUUUGGGUCAAGGUAAUGGCGACCAUUACUUCAUUGGCCCUCCAAACAGGCAACACAUCCAAACGUUUGUGCACCUUAUGUAUUAAUUUUCCUACUUUGAAUGAAAAAGUGCAAUUCUGUUUUUCUGUUUUGUAUACACUGUUAUGUUUUAGUUAUCUUUACUCCUUAUCGCCCAUUAUCUUUUCAUCAUUAUUUAUCUGUGAUAAAAAAAUAAAAUAUAG